AACAAUUUUACGUGUCAAUGAAUCAUGAUUGAUCUCUAAAACUGCUUGAAAAUUUUGGAAGAUUGCUGGAAGGGCCACAGCCACAGCCCCAUACCCAUUGAAUUUUACAAAAACACAAAAAAAGAUAUAACUCAUUUGGGCUGACCACUCCAAAACCAAACAAAUAACAUGAUAUGCAACAAUCUUGACAUUCAAUUUGCCUUCUGCAAUCUUCUCAACUUUGCUGUAGCAGGGUCCCUCCUCUUCCCACUAGAAUACAACCCCCCCAAGGACUACUGGACCAUUGGGGAAAGACAUGCCCCAACUUUCCUGCCAAACAGCUCCAAACAAUCUUAACUACUGCAAUGUCUUCUUCUUCUUCUAUCAUUUUUUUUAAAGAGUGAUAUGCCUGGACUCAAUGGUGACAUGCUCUACUCUAUUUAUCUCCUCAUCCACCUCUCUCUAUCUCUCUUUCUCUCUUUUUCUUUCUUUCUUAUCCCCACUAUCUUAAUCAACCCUACUUCUAAUACCAUCAUCAUUUCAAGUUCUUGAAUUUUGUACAUCUUCUAAUGGCUUCUUCCUCCUCUAUGUUGCCUAAGACAAACCAGGUUAAAAGAUUGAGUGAACUUCUUGAAGAAGAACAAGAACCUUUUGUUCUUCAUGUGUACCUUUCUGAAAGAGGGUAUUCUAAGACAAGUAGUGGCAAUUCCAAAGGAGGGAAUUCAAGUAAAGACUUGAAAAGGUUGUCUGAUUAUGAAUUGUCUAAUAGAAGAAGAAAGAAGAAAAACAAACACUAUCCAUCAAAGGUCUUGAGAUCUGUACUUAACAAGCUGAUUACUUCUGUUUAUCAUCAUCAUGACAACCGAAAAGCGGCACCGGUGAAUUAUAAUAGUAGAAGUAAUGUGGAUAUGGAUAAUAGAUUCUCAUCGGCUAGUAGUAUGACUUUGUUCGAAUCAUCCUCGGAGGCGGAUACCGAAGAAUUGUCAGCUGAAUUGUUGUACCAAGUGAAUUCUGUUUCUGCCUUGACCUCAUCUGCUGACAAUUACAAACACAAUUUAACACAACAAGCACAAAAUGAAAUUCCUGUAAGAAGAGUAAAUCAAUGGGGAUGCAUGGAUGAGACUAAACAGCAUAGCCCUGUUUCAGUUCUUGAAGAAAUACUCUUUGAUGAAGUUCAACCAAGUCCAAGAACAACAAGUCGUAAAAAGAAGAUCAAAUCAAAUUUCAUUCGCCAAGAGAAAAAAUCAGUCAUUACUGAUGAAUCAAUAUUUUCAGCUUCAUUAUGGGAAUCACUUGUACAUACAUUGACAGAGAAACAGGGUUCAUCAUCAUCAUCAUCAUCAAACUGUUUGAAGACAAAAAGAGUACUAGAGCAAACCAAACAACUUUUAUUUGAUUGUGUGAGAGAAACAGUUGAAAAUUACUCCAACCAAGGUGGUAAAAUUGUGAGUACUAGUGACAGUGUCAGGGUUCACUGUGGUCAUGAGAGGGUGUUACUAGGAAGUGAAGAUAUCGGGAAGAUUAUUAGUGAAAAGAUAUGUUUAUGGGGUAAACAAGCAGGAAACUUGACAAAUAUAACUCAACUUGUAAAGUCAGAUUUAUCCAAAAGAGAAGAAGAAGAAGAAGAAUAUUGGAAGGAAACACCACAAGCACAAAUUAGAGAGAGUAUUGGUGUUGAAAUUGGUGAUGAGAUUUUAGAAGAUAUUAAGAAUGAAAUUGUAAUUGAGUUGAUUCAAAAUUUUGAACUAAGUAAAUAGUAAUAAUGUUUUUAACUAUUUUAAAAGUGUAUCCAUGCAUGUUUUCACAAACUUUUACUAAUUUUUGUUUUUCCUCCAAAAUAUUA